UGUGUUUUCCCGCCCUGUUCGUCACCGGCUGUCUGACUGAUGGAUCCCAGCUAGCAAUGGAUGCUUACAUCAGCUGUCAGAGGCUUUGACAGGGGAUUUGGCUGGUUUGGACACAGGGUCCAGUUGGCAGAUAUGGUGAGGCACAGCACGAUGACAGAGUUGCAAGCCUUCCAGCAUUCUCUACAGGGUAACUCCCUGGCUGUGGGCCCAGUGGGGCAGAGCUGUGGGGGAAUGCAGGGUGGGAUUGCUUCAGAGGAGAGACAGCACCUUUCCCAAGGUCCAGCAGAAAUUGAGAAAAGCCAGCCAGUGAACAUCCCGGAUGCAGCUAAAAGAAAGAAGAAGAAAAGGACGAGAGCAACAGACAGCUCCACAGGCACUUUUGAUGAUCUCUACAAACUGACAGACGAGGUGCUUGGUCAGGGCGCUUAUGCUAAAGUUCAAGGAUGCAUAAGUCUGCAGAAUGGACAGGAGUUUGCUGUGAAGAUCAUAGAAAAGAGUGCAGGACACAGCCGCAGCAGAGUCUUUCGCGAAGUCGAGACUCUCUACCAGUGUCAAGGAAACAGGAACAUUCUGGAAUUGAUCCAGUUCUUUGAAGACAGCUCCUGCUUUUAUUUGGUGUUUGAAAAACUGCGCGGAGGCUCCAUUCUGACGCACAUCCAGAACCGAAAGCACUUCGAUGAGCUGGAGGCCAGUAAGGUGGUCCGGGACAUUGCCCAAGCUCUUGACUUCCUGCACACAAAAGGCAUUGCCCACAGAGACCUGAAGCUGGAAAACAUCCUGUGUGAAUACACUGAUCGGGUGUCCCCAGUUAAGAUCUGUGAUUUUGACUUGGGAAGUGGAGUGAAGCUCAGCAGUGCCUGUACGCCCAUAACGACUCCAGAGCUCACCACACCGUGCGGUUCAGCAGAGUACAUGGCUCCAGAAGUAGUGGAGGUGUUCACCGAUGAGGCCUCCUUCUACGACAAGCGGUGUGACCUUUGGAGUCUUGGGGUCAUCCUCUACAUCCUGCUGAGCGGCAGCCCCCCUUUCACAGGCCACUGUGGCACCGACUGCGGCUGGGAUCGGGGAGAAACCUGCAGGACCUGCCAGAGUCACCUGUUUGAGAGCAUCCAGCAGGGCAAGUAUGAAUUUCCAGAGAGGGACUGGGCUCACAUCACAGAGGGGGCCAAGGACCUCAUAUCCAAGCUGCUUGUUCGGGAUGCAACUCUGCGCCUCAGUGCUGCUCAGGUCCUCAAGCACCCUUGGGUGCAGGGGAACGCUCCAGAGAGAGGUCUUCCAACUCCUCAUGUUUUACAGAGGAACAGCAGCACCAAAGAUCUGACCCAGUUUGCAGCAGAGGCCAUCGCCUUUAACCGGCAGCUAUCUCAGCACGACGAGCAGCAGGAGGAUGUCGGAGCCAUCGUUUGCUCCAUGAGGCUUUCUCCUCCUUCCAACUCCAGACUGGCCCGCAGACGGGCGCAGUCCAAUGCCCUGCGCACCAGGGACUUCACACCUGCACUGGACGACCUCGCAGCCUGAAGGCCCAGUACCAAGUCCCCUCGUCAUUGUUUUUAACCUCUGUGUGUUUGUGUGUGUGUUUGUGUGUGUGUGUGCGUGUGCGUGUGCGAGCCUCGUAGGAUCAGUCACAGUCUCAGAAAUGACUGUUCUGUUCUUGGUGUUGAAGCUCUUUCUCAUGGCCAGUAAUCUUCUCACUUGGACAGGGUUUGAGCACCAAGGGCACAGCUAAUCCUCGGCUACCGCCUCCUAAUUGAAACCAUAGUUGAAACUCCUGAGAUCUGUCCAGGAAUUGUUUUAAGCUGCCUGAGUUUUAAACGAGAACUGUGUCAUUUGAGAAAAGCUUUGGGUUUAUUUUCACAGUUCGCCAAUUUAUUUAUUUUCUAGUCAAUGUUGAUGAAAACAUUUCCGGUGACACCAAUGCAGCAGGAACCGCUCUUAAUGCCAGCAGUUGAUAUUAAAUAUCUAAUCAGUACAUAUCAUUAUCAACACAGCAUUACAUAUGUGCAGCACAGCUUUGCAGCUGUUUCUGUCUGAAUGCAAUAUUAUCUGAUUUUGAUAUAUUUUAUUUUUCUUGUCCAACUGUGAAUUGGUUAAUAUUCUAUUUAAGUGCUACUCAGUUACUGGAGGAAAGGGAUGAGUUCUCACUUAUUUUUUGCCUUUUUUUUAAGCACGUCAGUGUAUGUGAUUUGAAGUGUGUGGAUGUAUGUGAGUUAAAUGAUAAGAAUGGACUACACUUAAAGGAGAAGGUCCAUUUCAGGAGAUGGGCCUUUCUCCAGUUCACUUACUGAAGUCGUUCUUGUGGAGGCUGAGUGAAACUUACAGAAAGUGCAGGAAUAACGUGAAUGGAUGUUGAAGUCGGAAAGACCCUUUGAUCAAAUAGUUUUGUAUUUCUUAUCAUUUCACAAGCUACCUGUAGCACUGAUGUACUUUAAAACAAGUCACUUACUUUCUUUCUCAAAGGGAGAAUGAUGCAUCACAAAAGAUCGGUUUGGUCCAACAAUGUGAAUUUGACAUCUACAGAAGUAUUUAUCUUUCAAGGGUUUUUUUUUUAAACAACUUUGUAUCCUCAUUAGAGGCCAACAUUACCUCAGACUUUUUUUUGCACCACACCUUUGCAUGUUUUGUACUGUACAAACGUAACACCAUCCCAAAAAGACCUGCUUAGCUUCUUAUUGUCUUACUGAUUUGAUCUCUUAGAGUGUUUUUAGUCUGAUUGGCUUGUUUUUGGUUGUGUGUAGUUACUGAGGCUUACAGGGGAUUUGUGAAUAGCUGAUAGUUACACUUCGUAGUAAGAAGGAUUCCAGACUGGGGCUGAAUUAUUUUUAUACAAGCAUUUGUAUGUCGUUCAGUUUUGUAUUUUUGGUUCUGAAUGUGCCAGUGGAACGAAUGAUGGACUGAUCAUACUAAGACAUCUCAAGUUCAAUUUGCUUUUAAUUAAAAAAGAAAGAAAAAAGGAUUUAAAAUGUUUUUAUCUGUUUUAUUCUUUGAGGACCCUGUCUAUGUUUGAAUGGGGUCAACGCCGGCAGCCCAUCACUUAUUUCACCUAACCUUUUAACUCUAUGCGCUGCCCGCCAAACGACUCGUCCCCUCAUUUUACACUGUUGCCAUAGACACCACAUCCCUAUAGCAACAAAGGGCCCUCAGAGGCUGGCAGGAAUUGACAGAGACACAUUAGGAAACAUCCACUUGCUAUGUUAAAGCCUUCCUAAUGCAUUAGGAAUCAUAACGAACUUGUUUCCUCCACCAAGUGAGAUACAGUAAUUGGUGUGCAAUUAUGGGGUCACACUGAAAUUUCUCCAAGGUCAUAUUGGAUCCUAUGCAUAAUGCUCUCAGUGCAGAGUGUAUGUUCAUUGGUAUGCUGUGUUCCCAAUAAAAAGAU